CGCCUGAAACAUUUACCAAUAACCCAUUAAAAGUUACAUUUUUAUGUGAAGUCUGAACUGAUAUGUAAAACUAAACAAUUAAGUGGACAGGGUUUAUGAUACAAUUAACCGCUGGGGAUAUUAAUUUUGCAAAAGUAUCAAUAAAUUUUAAAGCUUUGAUAUACAUGAUCAGCCAGCCGAUCAAUUCUGUAUGACAAAGACAAAAGUGCAUUGAUUUAUUUGAGUCUGGAGACGAAACAAUCAAGUGAAAAAACAUGAUGCGGACAUGGCUGUACCUUCGACCAGUACAGAAGAACCUUUCAAGUUUGGGAUUUGUUCGUUUAUUGAGUUCUCUGCCAAAAAUAAGUGCCAAAGACGUGAACAAAAAUGUGAGGAUAUUUCAGCACGUGACCCCGUCGUCAAGUCCACGACCCCUAGUAUUACUGUUUGGCUGGCUGUUCGCUAAACCGAAACAUCUGAAAAAAUUCGUAGACAUGUAUAAUCAGCAGGGCUUUGACGUUAUAUCCGUGCAGGUAUUCCUGCGACAGCUUCUUAAACCGAAGCGGGUCCAAUCUUUGAUGCGAGAUGUCAUUGACCUUUGCGACCAAGAAGAGAGAAAAUACCAGCAAAUGCUUGUCCACUCCUUGUCCGUCGGCGGAUACAUGUACGGAGAGGUUUUGACCAAUUUUGAAAAAUAUCCGGACAAAUACGGUGACGUUAGUCGGCGUUUACGAGGGCAAAUUUUCGACAGCGUCAUAGAUUUCUAUGGAAUUCCAGGCGGCAUUGCAAGGGCAAUAACUCAUAACAAAUCUAUCGGGAACAAAAUAGACACAACUUUAGAAUGGUACUUGAAAAAAUUCCCCUCAAUUACAAGUGAUUACGUGAAAGCUUCUGAAGCUUUCCAUGACAACAAAUUACAGUUACCAAGUAUAUUCCUAUACUCAGUCAGUGACCCAGUCUGCAAUCCGGAGCACUAUGAAGAACUUGCAGCCGAGUGGCGCAACGCUGGCUUGUACGCUACUUCUCGUUUUUGGGACGACACGCCGCAUGUGAGCACGUUCAAGAAACAUAACAAAGAGUACACACAAACUGUAGUAGACUUCAUAAGACACACUGGAGUGACAGAUGCUAGUAACAUCAAAGUGAGAACCGAACCGCCUAUUGACGAAAUGGAAUUACUUGCCAAAGGAAAGAUUGUCAGUCCAUAAAUAGCUUUGUUAUGUAUAACCAUUUUAGUCAGCAAACAUCACAGUUUAUUUAACUUUAACUUGUAUACCAAAGACUGUCUUCAUCCGCAUAAAGACCAUUCUUGUCUUGAAAUACCCAACUAUCAACAGCCGGUACAGUUGUCCUCUUAUUAACAAAGGCCUUUACUCCUAUGAUAAUCUUUGUGAUAGAAAGUGUUGACUAAUGUUUAUAUUGUUUUGACAGACCUGUAACGAAUUUAGAAAAAAAUGGAUGAUGAAAACUGCAGAGUUAUAUUUCUCAGACAAAACGUUCUUUUUUCAUCAGUAUAACACUGUUUUGUUAAACAGACAAACUAAAAUGCCGUGAAGUUUAUUAUUACAUUGAUAGAUCUAUGUCUAAAUCCAUAUAUAAUUUUACUGAUCUGUAUAUGAAUGUAGUAUUUUCUGUUGACGAUGUCAAUAUUAUUUUCAGACAGGUCAACAUAACAUCAUAUCAUAUUGACCGAAACAUUUGUCUGCCAUUGUUAUAUUAUAUGUACCCACGAUGUUAUAUGAUAUUGUUACAGUCUUAGAAAGAAAUUUUGGACAUUCAUAACUCUAUUGUUGGCAAUCUUGACCAAUCAGUUGAGCAUGUUUCUCAUAUAAAUAUAAUAUAUGACUACCAAAGAUACUGUUUCAUAUUUAAAGGUACUGCCAGCAAAAUACUUUAUAUGGUAAGUUGCAAUAUACUUGCAGAAUUAACAACCCCUUUUGUAAGGCGUGUAGACCGUUUAAACAGUCUGACCGUGGGUAUUGUCCCACGGGAGUUGUCAGUGCGCAUCCAUUUUCGCGCAUUCACUUUUGUAUUAAAACGUCUGCUUCAGCGGAUAAUUCUGCAGAAUACAGCGAACAGGUUCCUUCGAGAAUAAAUUAUUAUGCAUAUAACAAACAUUGUGAUUGUUAAAAGUCAUUUAUGAGUUUUUAAACAAGGAUUUAUCACAAAUAAAAAAAAAGUUACAUAAAGUGUAAAAGAACUCACACAGGCAGAAUGAAAUAUUAUAUAUAUAAUUACCUCCCUUGGUUUGAAUAAAUGGAGAUUUAUAAUAUUUCAUUCUGCCUGUGUGAGUUCUUUUACUCUUUAUGGAAUUAAUAUAUAUACAUGUAUAUCUAAUAUGUUAUCUGCACUAGGAAAAUCUUUCUAUUUUACCUGGAAUAACUUACACACGAACGACCCUUGCCGCUAAGAAUAGAAUGUAGCAAAUAAUUUUGAAUUUAAAUAUUACAAGGAUGUCUGAAAGUUAUUACUUGGCAUCUUUAUUGUAAAUUUCAUGUAUAAUGCAUAAUUCUAUAAUUUUAGUAACACGUAUUUUCGCCUUUUUAGUUCAAUGCAACUACUUGGUUGAUGGUGUUCUUAAAAUACACUUGGGUAACACGGAAGCAUAGCUUUAGAAAAAUCUUUAGGAUAAAAUUAUUCCAGAAUACGUUUUUAAAUGCACAUGCACAUGCAAAAUGUUAAAACUUAUUGUUCUUAUACUACAUUUGAGUGAAUGAUAUGAUCGAGCUGGCAUAUUUAAGAUAAAAUAAACGUUUUUAACGAAAGGA